CACCACUGUUGCUGCGGUCAUGGCCGAUUCCGAUGAAGAUUAUAUUGGAGAACUCUCGGAAGACGGUGAAGAAAAUAAUGUCGUUCAGCCACGAGGAGGGUCCGCUCGGGUUUCUCGCUCAAGGAGGAAGAGACAACGCGGAGGCGCCGAAUGGGAGGUUUCGCGAACGUGGGAGACACUCGUCGAGGGUGCCGAUGGAACGAUCAGCUCCACGGUCGAGGGUCUCCUCGAAGCUGGAAAACGGAAGAGGCUCCUGAAAGACACCACCCCGUUGCAACGGGGUAUCAUUCGACAUCUUAUUUUAAUCUUAGAUUUAUCGCAAUCGAUGACGGAGAAAGACCUGCGACCUACGCGAUACCUUCUCAUGAUCCGAUACGCCCAAGACUUCGUGAAGGAAUUUUUCGAGCAGAAUCCGAUCGCCCAGCUUGGAGUACUUGGUUUACGAGAUGGUUUAGCAAUUCGGAUCACUGACAUGAGUGGAAAUCCGACUGAGCAUAUCAGCGCGAUUCAGGCUCUCAGAGACGAUGACCCAAAGGGCCUACCCAGUAUGCAAAAUGGCCUGGAGAUGGCUCGCGGCGCUCUAUUUCACACCCCAAGCCAUGGCACCCGGGAGAUUCUGAUUGUCUUCGGGUCGCUUCUGUCCUCAGACCCCGGCGAUAUACACCAAACAAUAGCCACACUUGUCAAUGAACGGAUUCGGGUUGGGAUUGUCGGCCUUGCCGCUCAAGUCGCUAUUUGCCGAGACCUUUGCUCAAAAACCAAUGGCGGCGAUGAUACCGCUUAUGGCGUGGCGCUCAAUGAGCAACAUUUUCGUGAGUUGAUGAUGGAUGUGACGACUCCACCAGCCACGUAUUCUCAGAAACAAUCCGCGAGCUCCCUCUUGAUGAUGGGCUUUCCGUCUCGUACCGUUGAGACGUUGCCCUCGCUUUGCGCCUGUCAUUCGAAACCUUCUCGUGGAGGAUAUUCAUGUUCUAGGUGUGACAGCAAAGUCUGUGGCCUCCCCGCCGAGUGUCCUUCUUGCGGUCUAACCCUGAUUCUUUCGACCCAUCUUGCUCGAUCGUACCACCAUUUAUUCCCUUUGAUCAACUGGGUGGAAGUUCCGUGGCAACGGGCUUCCCUUAGUACCGCAUGCUUUGCUUGCGGUAUGUCUUUCCCUCCAGUACCUCCCAAGGAUCAAUGGCAACACACAGAAAGCCACUCCAAAGGGAUGAGUGUAAGCAGUCGCUAUGAAUGCAAUGUGUGCAGGAACCACUUUUGCAUCGACUGCGAUGUAUUUGCACACGAAGUCGUUCACAAUUGCCCUGGUUGUCAGAGUGGAGUUGUGUCUUCUGAGAAGCCGGAAACUUCUAAUACCAAGAAGAUGUCACAAGAUAUGGACACUUCGGUAUAGCGCAUUUGCGCUUGAGUUCACAUGAGGAAUUUACAUAAUGCAUGGGUGGUGUUAUCUCUCUCUCUCUUUUUCCCCUUUUCAUGUUCCUUUACCCUUUUUUUUUUCUAAAACUUUGUGUAUUCUCUUUUGUCGGCUUGGGUAGCUGAAUGUUAUUCAUAGAGUUUAUGCCUGUUUAGCG